ACUUGGGAAUCAAAAGGGACGCGCGGCGGCAACAAUAACGACUCCGCGCCGCGGGAACAAGUGCCUUAGCUACUUUCUUUAGUGUGUGGGUGGUGCAGAGCGGUGGUGCCGCGACAGCGACGGAGAGGAUGUCUUGCUGCGCCGGUAGCAAGGACGAGCGGGCCGAGCCGACGCGAGUGCGGGGAUGCACGGACGUCUUCUGGCUCUGCCUCUUCAUAGCGUUCUGGUUUCUCAUGAUUCUGAUUGCCGCCUUUGCGAUAGUUUAUGGCAAUCCUUUGCGGCUCAUACAUGGAUACGACAGUUUUGGAAACACAUGCGGCGUGAAGAACAAUCCAAAGUUCGGCAACAUGGAGCUUUCUGGACAAGACACCAGCGAGAAGCCAUAUUUAUUCUUCCUGGAUAUAUACAAUGUCACGCAGUCACUGAAGAUCUGUGUGAAGAAAUGCCCCGACAGAAUGUUGUCGACGAUGGAGGACAUCUGUAAAUUUUACAAAGAGACGGGGUCGCAGUUGUGCCACGAUCGUCCAGGCGGUGAUUUCAGCGCGUGCAACAGCAAGAGUAGCAUAUUCAAGAACGGAUCUUGCCCCGAGCGACCGGUUUACCCCAGCACGUCUGUUUUAAACCGGUGUAUCCCUAAAAUGGUGAAGGAAGUGAGCGAAGUGAUAAUCUCAAAUUUAUACGGCUUAAUCAAUUCGUGGGAUGUCAUCGAACAGGUUUUGGGAGACCUGUGUAAAACCUGGAGGCAAAUUCUGGCGCUAUCUUUUCUCGCCUGUGUUUUAUCACUCUUUACAAUAGCCAUCUUUCAUUUAAUGGCAAGUGUUGUAACGUGGAUUAUAAUCGUACUUGUGAGCAUUGCUAGCACAGGUGGCACAAUUCUUUUGUGGAUAACAUAUGCUGAUAUUAAGAAAACCUUGGACAAAACUGAUCCAAACCAACUGCUCGAAGAAGCUGUCAGAAAUGAAAGAGCAUUUCUCGCAUUCUCCAUUAUCGCUACUAUAAUCACUAUUAUUUUACUAUUUCUUGCAUGUAUAUUACGCAAACGCAUCAGCUUUAUGGCGACACUAUUCAAAGAAAGUGCAAAAUGCUUAAGAGAAUUGCCAGGCCUAUUUCUUCAACCAAUCUUAACAUUUAUAUCUUUGAUACUGUUUUUUGCCUUUUGGGUAUUUGUAAUUCUUUGUCUUGCAACAGCGAAUUAUCCCGAGACAAAAUCAGUGCAAAUGUACAAAAACACUAUAUUUGAACCUGUGAACUUAAGUACAAUUGGUGAAAACGCUCCUAUCGUUGAGGAAAAGAAGAUAGAUUUUUCUCUUGAUUCUUUCAAAACUUUCACUCUCGUGGAAUAUGUUGAUGUGACUUGGGUGAAAUACAUGUGGUGGGUGUAUCUCAUAGGACUGAUAUGGACAUCAGAAUUUAUUGUUGGAUGUCAAGACAUGGUAAUAUCAGGUGCCGUUGCCCACUGGUACUUCAGAGAUAAGAACGCCAGCUCGUUUCCAGUAUGUUCAUCUAUAGGACAUUUAGUCUGCUAUCAUAUGGGCUCUGUAGCGUGCGGAUCACUUUUGAUAACCAUUUUUAAAUUACCCAGAUUGAUUUUAACGUAUCUGCAUGCCAAAUUUGAAAAAACCAAAGAAACAUCUCCAUGCGCUCAGUGUGGUUUAAAAGCCUGCAUUUGCUGUUUCUAUUGUUUGGAGAAAUUCAUUCGAUAUAUGAAUCAUAAUGCGUACACCGUUGUUGCUAUAGAGGGUACCCACUUUUGCAAUGCGGCCAGAAUAGCCUACACAACACUCGUCAGUAAUGCUCUUCAAAUAGCAGUGAUCAAUGGAUUUGGCGAUUUUAUAUUGUUCCUGGGAAAGUGCUUCGUUACAGCUGCAACCGGAAGCGUCGCGUUACUUUUCAUGAAACAAAAUCCUGAGUUACACUUCUACGCUGUUCCGAUCUUCAUUAUUUGCGUUUUCUCGUUUUUCAUUGCGCAUUGUAUAAUUUCCCUUUACGAGACUGUUAUCGACACGUUAUUCCUAUGUGUAUGCGAAGAUAAGAAUUUAAACGGUGAAAAUGGAAAGUGGCAUCAGUCUGCGUUAGCACAAAUUGGAGCCACUAGCAGCAAUGCAAACGGACAGCAGUCCCACGAGAUGACACCGAUGAACGAAUAAGUAUCUGAUACUUUAGAUACAUCCCUUUUAUACACAUUUUUAUACACACAUUUUUUUUGAUACGAUAGAAUACUUUUGCAUCUUAUCACUCGUAUAUCUAAUAUACGAUAAGAGUACAUUCCUUCUGAUAUUCACGCGUGCAAUAUGUGUAUUACUAUACAAGUAACUUUGCAAAAACUUGUCUCGAAUUAUUUUUAUAAUGGCUAGAGAUAUUUAAAUCAUGUGAAGAUACGAUCGUUCAUAAUAUAUUUUUAAUAUAUGACGAUAUAUAUUUAUAUAUGAAUAGCAAAGAUAUUAUAAAGCGAAAUCUAAUAUUCUUGUCUAAUUGUGUGUAAUUUUGUAAUAUCAGUUUGUUUUUUUCUUGUAGUGUGUUUGUGUGAAUUUUCAUCUCUUAAGACUACAGGUCUUCUUUUGUGAUGAAUCAUUGCCAGAACUUUCUGAAUUAUUAAUUAUAUUUUUUGGAUAUCUCAAUGAUAUUUAGGCAGCUUUAUUGACAAUGCAAAAGUCUCGUAAUUUUAAAUGUCUUACUGUGAACGAUUUGUGUUUAUAUAUAAAAAGGAGAAUGCGGCGUCAAUUAAUAGCUCACUUCGAGAUUUACAAUUCGCUUGUACUUAGCGCCAACUUUUGAUUUAACUGCCAGAGACUUCAAGAUUAGAAUAUUUUAUAUAAUAAUCACUAGAAUCAUUGAAAUAGAGAUUAGACUAUGGCCUAGUUUACACCGUUAAAUUAAUUGAUACGAGUAUAUCAGAUUGGUGCAGACUAGGUAUUUUUGAUACGUAACUGUUUACACCGAUUCACUUCAAAUUAAGUUUAUGAUAGGUUUUCAGGUUUUUCAUUUCGCAAAACUUCUAAUUUUAAUCUUAAAGCAACUUUAACCUAAUGUAGCAGUGACGGAUUUAAUCCGAAAACGAACUAAGUAUUUACAGUGCGCCAGGAUCUUUUGAUAUACUUAUCAAGUGCUCAGUGUGAACUAGGCCUAUGAUGUAAGAAUUUUUUAUUUUGUGGAAUAUAUGUUUUAUUCAAUACUCCUGAAUAUCUAAUUGAUGAACAAAGUGUAGAUCUAUAUAUACAUCUAUAUAUUUUUUAAACUUUGUAUUGAAGUGCCAUUGCACAAAUCGAAAAAUCUGUGUCUUAAGAAUAUUUGUUGUAACAAAAGAAUAAGUACUAAUAUUUUUAGAUUUUAAAUGCUCACG